AUGGAGCAAGACAGAAACAAUUCAACGUUGGAGACCUUGUGUGGACUAAGGACUAUCGUUCCGCAAACGCCGGGUCAAGUACUACAGCGGCACGGAAACAGGCUCUACGACAUAUCAGUCGAUGGACAGAUCUGGAAGAGACAUGCUAAUCAGUUACGUUUACGCGUUAGCAAUGAUCCAUGUUUUCCAGAAUCAACGUCAGAACUCGCCGAGCUGCCGCUACUGCCAAGGUCAAUGCCAGCCCAUAUGACAGAAGAAGGUCAACGCAAUCCACUGCUGCGGUCGGACCACAAGUCAAAACAACGGACAGUCCCACAACAACGACGACUACUUUCUGCGACCCAAGGAAUUGCAGGACAACGCCAAGCCAGAUCACGACGCGCGCCGGAGCGAUUGAUGGUCGACCCUAAGAGAAAAGACGAGUUUGACGUUGCGCCACCAGUCGCAGAGCAGUUUGUUCGACGCGGUAACUGUCUCUGCACAGCAUUGCGAGCUAUUUCGUUCGAAAUGCUAGUGAGUGUGGAGCAGGGAAACUUUGAAGGGCGCCGCGUGUUCGCCCCAGAGGCGAAAGCCGUCAUAGCCCAUGUGAAGCAGUUCUUCGCAGCAGGCUUAAAGAACAUCUCGGGACCGUGGAACCGUUUUCGUUUCAGUCACAGCGAUAACUGCCACGGCGUGCGGCACCUAGUCAAAGACAUACCAGGGAACUGGUAUGACGCUAUGACAUGGAUCGGAGGAAAAUAUGACUGGAUGGUGGAUGACUGGUUUUGGGUGGACGGAGCACCGUUCAGCUAUACAAACUGGAGAUGGAAUGAGCCGAAUAACUACUCAGGCGACGAGUAUUGCGUGGAG